UUGCAGCACUUCCUGGAAAGCUCACAUCGAAUGGCAGGCCGCCAUAAAAACAUUUCCAAAUGGUUCCCAAGUCAGGAGUCAGCUGUUCAGUGGCGGUCUGUUCCUCUCCCUUUCCUGGGACCCCUGAAACCAGAGAGCCGGGAGUGAGCUGCAGAUUUGAGGCCUCAGCCAUUAGGUAUUUCAGCAUACAAUUAAAAUGACAACCUCCUGGAGUGAUCGGUUACAGAAUGCAGCAGAUCUGCCUGCUAACAUGGAUAAACAGGCCCUGAAAAAAUAUCGGCGAGAAGCCUAUCAUCGGGUGUUUGUGAACCGAAGUUUAGCCAUGGAGAAAAUAAAGUGUUUUGGUUUCGAUAUGGAUUAUACACUGGCUGUGUACAAGUCCCCGGAGUAUGAGUCCCUUGGUUUUGAGCUUACUGUGGAGAGAUUAGUUUCUAUUGGCUAUCCUCAGGAGCUGCUCAGCUUUGAUUAUGAUUCUACAUUCCCUACCAGGGGACUUGUCUUUGACACAUUAUAUGGAAAUCUUUUGAAAGUUGAUGCCUAUGGAAACCUCUUGGUCUGUGCACAUGGAUUUAACUUCAUAAGGGGACCAGAAACUAGAGAGCAGUAUCCAAAUAAAUUUAUCCAACGAGAUGACACUGAAAGAUUUUACAUUCUGAAUACACUAUUCAACCUACCAGAGACCUACCUGUUGGCCUGCCUAGUAGAUUUUUUUACUAAUUGUCCCAGAUAUACCAGUUGUGAAACAGGAUUUAAAGAUGGGGACCUCUUCAUGUCUUACCGGAGUAUGUUCCAGGAUGUAAGGGAUGCUGUUGACUGGGUUCAUUACAAGGGCUCCCUUAAGGAAAAGACAGUUGAAAAUCUUGAGAAGUAUGUUGUCAAAGAUGGAAAACUGCCUUUGCUUCUGAGCCGGAUGAAGGAAGUAGGGAAAGUAUUUCUUGCCACCAACAGUGACUAUAAAUAUACAGAUAAAAUUAUGACUUACCUGUUUGAUUUCCCACAUGGCCCCAAGCCUGGGAGCUCCCACCGACCGUGGCAGUCGUACUUUGACCUGAUCUUGGUGGAUGCACGCAAACCACUCUUCUUUGGAGAAGGCACAGUACUACGUCAGGUGGAUACUAAAACCGGCAAGCUGAAAAUUGGCACCUACACAGGCCCCUUACAGCAUGGUAUUGUCUACUCAGGAGGGUCAUCUGAUACAAUAUGUGAUCUGUUGGGAGCCAAGGGCAAGGACAUUUUGUAUAUUGGAGAUCACAUUUUUGGGGACAUUCUAAAAUCAAAGAAACGUCAAGGGUGGCGAACUUUCUUGGUGAUUCCUGAACUUGCACAGGAGCUUCAUGUCUGGACUGAUAAGAGUUCACUUUUUGAAGAACUUCAGAGCUUGGAUAUUUUCUUGGCUGAACUCUACAAGCACCUUGACAGCAGUAGCAAUGAGCGCCCAGACAUUAGCUCCAUCCAGAGACGUAUUAAGAAAGUAACUCAUGACAUGGACAUGUGCUAUGGGAUGAUGGGAAGCCUGUUUCGCAGUGGCUCCCGGCAAACCCUCUUUGCCAGUCAGGUGAUGCGUUAUGCUGAUCUCUAUGCAGCGUCUUUCAUCAAUCUGCUGUAUUACCCAUUCAGCUACCUCUUCAGAGCUGCCCAUGUCUUGAUGCCUCAUGAAUCAACGGUGGAACACACACACGUAGAUAUCAAUGAGGUGGAAUCCCCGCUUGCCACCCGGAACCGCACUUCAGUAGAUUUUAAAGAUACUGACUACAAGCGGCACCAGUUGACACGGUCGAUUAGUGAGAUUAAACCCCCCAACCUCUUUCCACUGGCUCCCCAGGAAAUCACACACUGCCAUGAUGAAGAUGAUGAUGAAGAGGAGGAGGAGGAGGAGGAAGAAUAAGGAAGAAAACCGAAACUCUGAGCACCCAUUAAACAAGUUCUGGCAGGACUCGCAGGAGCAGACCAUGUCCCUGUUUGGGUUCUAGUGGGAGGGGGGCACUCCAUCAACGUUAUAUCUGAAAAGUUUCUGAAGACCUUAAGAUAUUCUAAUCAUAGGGAGAUACUUGGUUUAGUUUUGUGUGUCUGCACUCUUUACAGAUGGUUGAAAAUUGGAAUCUGUAUUGGAAAAAAGUAACAGUGAAGCUGGGCUGAACUGCCUGCAGGUGGUUCAGCUGUGGCUUGUGACCCUGUUUCAUCACCAGUAUGGUGAAGGGUCUCAGAGUGGAACGAGGAUGGAGAGGUGAUCCAAAAAUGCUGUUAUGUUACAAAUUGUGCUCUUACUACAAAAUCCAUCUUUUCAGUGCAUUACAUAGUAUUGUAUAUCACUGGAGAAAUAUAUUGUUUCCAUUAUCAGAUGUAGUCUUCUGUAAAGGUUCCUUUUACAAGCUUUUGAGUGUUCUCAGUGACUCUGGUGAGGCUGUUGUCCAUCAGUGGCUUUGCAAAAGUGUUCUCUACUUGCUGUAUGGCUGAGCUGGAAUGGACUGCAGAGAUUCCAUUUUGGGGCAAAAGUCUUCAUCUGUUUCUACACUCCUGUGAUAACCAAAAAUGCUUCCUCCCCCUGCCCCACCCA